AGACACAAUUGCAUCCUAGCCACUAACACCAGUAGCCCCUAUAAGGAAGAGCAAACUGUUGAGCCACAAAAGGCAUCUUACCUGAAUGAUCGAUUAGCCCACCAAUGACAGAAGCUGCUCUCGACAUAGGGUGUGUCUAAGAAACUGAGUGACUGGGAAACAUCGUGAUCUAGAUUCUGCUUAGUGCCCCCCAAAACCAUUGCAUCGUGACCAUCAGAGACAGCUCAGGCACAAGAACAGAGGACAGAAGCGAGAGCCUGCGACGUUGAAGAACUCAAGGCUAGCUUUCACUUGUCAGACAUGGGAAAACAAAACAGUAAGCUGGCCCCAGAGAUGCUACAGGACUUAGUGCAGAGCACAGAAUUCUCAGAGCAAGAGUUGAAGCACUGGUAUAAAGGGUUCCUGAAGGACUGUCCAUCCGGCAUUCUCAACUUAGAUGAGUUUCAGCAGCUAUAUAUUAAGUUUUUCCCUUACGGUGAUGCUUCCAAGUUUGCACAGCAUGCCUUUCGUACUUUUGACAAGAAUGGGGAUGGAACCAUUGAUUUCCGGGAAUUCAUCUGUGCUUUGAGUGUCACAUCACGGGGAAGCUUUGAGCAAAAGCUAAACUGGGCUUUUGAGAUGUACGAUUUAGACGGGGAUGGAAAGAUCACCAGACUGGAGAUGCUGGAGAUAAUUGAGGCGAUAUAUAAGAUGGUGGGUACUGUGAUUAUGAUGCGCAUGAAUCAAGAUGGCCUAACUCCACAACAGAGAGUUGAUAAAAUCUUCAAAAAGAUGGACAAGGACAGAGAUGACCAAAUAACCUUGGAAGAGUUUAAAGAGGCAGCAAAGAGUGACCCCUCCAUAGUGCUUCUGCUGCAGUGUGACAUGCAGAAAUAGUAUCAGUUUCAUAUUGUCAGCUCAGCUGAAUGCCCCGCAUGCACCUCUCCACCUUUCCUAUCCCGCACAAUAUCAUGGGGCCUUCCGCCUAAUCAAUGUUAUAAUCAGUACCACACUGAUCAUAUAAGAUGGAGGUGGUGGCAAUAUGGCUACGUCUUAGAUAAUGAGACUGAAUACACUGUAAAUUGGAAUUCACACACAAUCUCAGCUGUCUUUCCCUUACCUAUCAUAGCUAUUUUUAAAGUAAAAUAAUCCAUAUAUAUGCCUGUCUCUGAGAAUGCCUAAAGAAGACAGUCUAUGGUUCUUUGAAUAUGAACUGUUUUAAACAAAGUGUUUGCUCUGUUGUACAUGUUUUUGUAUAUUAUGCAGUGUUUAAUUUUUUUAUUUAACAAAACAGUAUAUGUCAAAUUUUAUUGUAUGUAAAAGAUUGUAUGUGUAAAGAUUCAAAUUCUUUAUGAAUGGCAGUGGUUGGAAUUCCGCUCCCAUUCACCUUUUACAAGUAAUAUUAUUAAGUUUCAACUUCAUAAUGCUAUGUAAUACAACUGCUCUGUCUUAGACCACCCAAAUCUGGGUUACAUGUUAAAAGUCAGGUGACUGUAACUUUGUAACAGUUGUUGUCACUAUGCAAGCAAAUGUUGGUGAAAUGACACUGUUAGUGAUCAAUACAAAUUACCUUUGCAAUUAAAUAUACUUCUCCCAAAUA